GCUAGGCGUAUGCCGUCAUUCCUUUCUGAGGACAAACAAGCACGGCUUAUUGAAGCGGCCUAUAGAUGUUGUUUACAGAUAGGACUAUCCGAUGGUACAUUUAAUGUCGACUUUAAGCUGACCGAGAAUGGACCGAAGCUACUGGAAAUCAAUUCGAGGAUGGGCGGCUACUGCAUACGGGAUUGGUUGAGGAAAUUGUACGGUAUAGACAUCAUGCUAUACUCUUUGAUGAUUACAAGUGGUAUUUAUCCUUACAUAGUACUACGUACACAUCCUGUAGAUAAAAUACUAAUAGGUGUUAUGGUCAUACCUUCAUUGCAUGCAAAAAUAUUAAAAGAAGAGUCUCUUAGAAACCUGCUGUAUAGCAUGAUAGAGAAAGAGGAGAUUUUCUUUCUAGAGUUUCUCAAUCUUAGUGAGAAUUUGCCUCCUUACGACAAACCUUUCGGCAAUAUUACUGUUUCUGGUUCCACGUCACAAGAAGCAAAACUAAAAUUGAUGGAAGUAUGCAGAGUGCUGGACAUUGAUCAACCAGACUAUCAAGUGGAGCAGUUUAUCCAAAAUUUUUAGAUGCAAAAAUAUUACUUGUUUUUACACUUUUUUGAUAUUGAGCAAAUGUAUGUUUCUCUUAGUACAAUGUAAAUGCAUUCAAUUGCAUUUGAAGGGUGAAUAAUGUAAACACAUCGA